AUGGAAGCUAUUUCACAGUAUAUUUCAAAGUUAUUCAGGACUUCCGGGAAGAGAGCAAAACAAUCUUUACUUCUUCCAGAGGGAUUAUGCCGGAGAUUUUCACUCGCUGAGAUCAAGAUAGCUACCAAUAACUUCGAUGAAGAUUCAGUAAUUGGUGAGGGAGCUUUUGGCAAAAUAUAUAAGGGAUUUAUUGGUGACUGUACCGUAAGUGUUGCAGUAAAGCGUAAGAGUUCGACGUCACGACAGGGUUUCGAAGAGUUUGGGACCGAGAUACUUCUACUCUGCCAGCUACGCCACCCUAAUCUCGUCAAUAUCAUCGGAUAUUGUAUUGACGAAAAGGAGAUGAUCCUAAUCUUCGAGUUAAUAGCAAAUGGAUCCCUCAUGGAACACUUCCUCUACCGGGACCAAGAUGAUCCCCUCACGUGGAAACGAAGGCUACAGAUUUGCAUUGGAGUGGCGCGUGGACUGCACUACCUUCACACUGGGGUGAAGCGUACUAUCAUCCACCGUGACGUGAAGUUGAGCAACAUUAAGUUGGACGAGAAAUUGGAGGCCAAGCUGACGAAUUUCGGCUUGUCCAAGAUGGGUCCCCCGAGUUUGUCAAAGGCCUUAAUAAGGGUGGGUUCUGCAGUGAAGGGUACUGUUGGAUACCUGGAUCCUGCUUAUAUUCGAACGAGGCAGCUGACUGAUAAAACUGACGUUUACGGUUUGGGUGUGGUACUGUUUGAAGUACUCUGUACGAAAAUAACAGUGGACAUGAAAUUAGAGAGCGAACAACAGAGUCUGGCCAUCUGGGCUCCAAAAUGUGUAGAAGAUGGAACCAUUAAUCAGAUGAUUGAUCCGUGUCUGAUAGGGAAGAUAGCUCCAGAGUGUUUCAAGAUAUACGUGAACAUUGCAACAUCUUGCGUCCGAGAAGACCAUAUGGAACGUCCCACAAUUGGAGAAGUGGAGGCAGGCCUUGAACACGCACUGGAGCAGCAAAAGCGUGCGGAUGCUGCUACGAGGAAGGAUGAUUCAAUAUAA